AUGAGCCUUGAUAGUAUACGAAGAAGUUCGACAGACGAAUCCACGCAGAGGUCUAUUAUGUCUUCACAAUCUUCCUCAAUUCCUGCGUCUUUCACAUCGCACUUGAAAACCAAACUAGGAAUUGAAAUACCUACCAUUAUAGAAAAUCAAUUGGGAGAGUCAAUUCAGUUCAGAACAUCCAUACUGUCUGAUAUAAAAGAUCUAGGACCCGCUGAUCUUAUUCAUGUUUCCAAAUAUCACAAACGCUCCAAAGAAGAGGUCGGCGAGUACUAUUACUGCGUUGGCUUAGACACUUCAUCAAUUAUUCAGCCGCUUACGUACAUGCAGACGAUACUACUAAACGGAAAGCAUGCAGGUACUGAUAAGCACCCUAAUAUCGGGACUUAUUGCUCCUACAACUGCUUUGGUCAUGGUGAUUUACGCAUUAGAUGCACUUUUCCUGGAUCUACUGCCCCACUGGUUCAAUUUGUUCCGUCUGGUAAGGAUAAGAUAAGCGUGAAUAUGGGUUCCGAAGAAACGCAGCAGAGCAAAUCAAUUUGGAAGGAAACAUACAUAUCUGCUUUGGUCAGAGCACUACUAUUUUGUGACUCUACCGAUAGGCAGCUUCCUGGAAUGUGUAAAUUCAACCCUGUUCAGUCCUCUAGGGACGCCAGGCAGGCCGUGAUCACCAUGUGCCAGCUACUUCCAAGAGGCCCAAUGCUAAGUUCCAACGAUUUAUACAACCAACCGACGCUCUGCAAGAACUAUCUUGUGGAUGCUCUGCUGAAAUUGCUUGAUAUAGUUGGAUAUCACGACUUGGCUAUCGACGAGAUCACUAAAAUAGAGAAGGAGAGCAGCGGCAGCCUAGACUUUAGUGUCCUCAAGGUGGACAUAUUACUAGCUAAGGGUGACCAGACAGCCGCUGUUAGACUGAUGCAUGAAUCAUUAAAGGUAAAACCAAGAGAUGGCUGGAUGUUGGAAAUGCAGGCCAGCUUCUUAGUGAGAAACGACCGUUCAGAUUUGGCUUUAGUUUCGGCAAUAAGGUCUGUUGAAUGCCUACCAACAGAAUUUUUGUGCUGGAUGACUUUAAUCAAGGUUUACAUCUUGCUGAAGGAUUAUAGAAAUGCUCUUCUAACACUUAACUCCUCUCCAAUGUACUCCAACAAGAAAAAGGAUAUCUACGCAGCUAUCAAACCGAAGAACUUUGAUUUUCCGUUUCCUCUGGAGGGUAAAUUGAAAGAUGUGUGGGAGGAUUGUGAAAAGUUUGGUUGUAUUUCUGGAUUUGGAGGUAUUAUUGAGUUCUCUCCUUCAAAUCAGUUCAGGUCGAUUUCUGAAUUACACGCAGAAGUUUACGAGCAGACGAAGCUCCAACGUACUUUUAAGGAGGCAUAUAAUUUGCUUGCUAUUAUGACGAGGCGCUUGGGCUGGACAGAUCUAUUGAGAAUCCGAUCUGAAAUAUUUGUUAUGGAGGAUGAGUAUAAUGCUUCUGUAGAAGUGGAACAAGAGCGAGAGAUGAAGGCAAACAUGAAUGCUCAAGAUAACACCUCGGAGUCAGAGAGAAGGCCAAGAUCAUAUAGUUCAGGAAGGAGCUCUGUGCAAUCACUAUCGAGAAUCUCUUGUAAGUUCAAAAAGAAAAGGUUAAGUGAACGGUGGUUGGACUCACUGUUUCUCAUUUUCUACGAAAACUUGAAGAGCGUACUCAUAUGGGAAAAUGAAAGACGCAGUAAAGAAAAGCUAGAGCACUCAGCACUUGAAUGGGAACUUAUCGGAGAUGAAUGCUUCAAAGUUAGGCACUACGAAAGCGGCAUUCUACCUUUACAAACCUCACUAGGAAGCCGGUUCAGUAUUUUUGCUUGCCAGAUGCUACUUGAGUACUACGUGCAAUAUUCCCAGAAUCCGGUAGAGUUCAAAACGUUAAAUGGUAUUGGCAAAACGAAAAGAGAAAGAGAGUCCGAGGCCGCCGGACUUCUUCAGCCUUACCAAUUAUCAGAGGAUCUUAUUUUAACGUUGGUUUGCAAGCUAAUCAGUUGGAAUUAUAGGUACUACGGAGAAUUUUCGGUGCUCUGCUUAAAAGUUUUAAAGAUCUUAAUUGAUUCGUGUGAUAGUGACUCCGCAUUGGUGAGAAGCAAGUUGGAGGUGCUAUUUGAUGAGAGAAUCCCUAACGAAAAUGUGGGCGACAAAUCAGGGGUGAAAUCUCCGAAGCUGGAAGGUAAAAGAAGAAGUAUCGAGCAUCGUCAGGGUAUAGCUGGCAUAGUUGGCAGAUACAUUUCGUGGUUGAAUCAGCUUGACGAGAAUGGCCCAUAA